UAGUAUUCGGCGUGCUAAUAGGAAUAAUCUUAUUACAGCAGCAAUUUAGAUAAUUUUAUAUUUACUUUGUACAGUGAUCGAACUGAAAGGUGAAAGUAUAAACGUUCACUCAACAAAAACCACCUGUUGUAAAACUGUUGUAACUAUGACUCCGGAAGCCUAAACAACGGUAACAUGACGACGGUUGUUUUUUACCAAACGCACUCCCUCCGUCACCUAUGACGCCCGACGAAAGAUGGAUUUUGAGGAAAAUAUUAUUAAAAGACAAAAUUCAAGCGAAUAUUUCGACACUGUAAUUGGCCACAUUGAGGAUAUCGUGAUUGGGGAAGAGUUUCAGCGUAUGGUCAAUCAUUUUAUGGAGUGCUAUUACUACGAGUUUGAACCGGGUGAAGAAAAUAAAAUCAUCUACACGGAGAUUUACCAAAAGUAUACGAACAUGAUUGAAGCACACAUCGUGGAACAUCUGAACCGGAAGAUGACCUGCUUCGAUAUGGAUCUGUUUGCGAUGGAGCUAGAAAACAAGAAAACACAGCUCGAUGGAGAGAUCUUUGAGUUGCUGUACACGCUGACGGACUUUCUCGCCUUCAAGGAUAUGGUGCUGGAUUACAAGGCGUUCAAGGAAGGUGCAUACGAUGAUCUGAGCAAAGGAAUCAGCGUUACUGGUCUUCAGAAAUAGAUCAUCGUUUGCAAAGACUCGCAGCUUUUCUGUCUCACUCUCACACACAAAUACCCACACGAGGUACUAUUAUGCAUCGAUCGUGUUUACGCAUUUAUUGUAUUCAUUGUAAGGAGGACAUUUAGCUUAAAAAUGUACGCUGUAGACGUUUAUCGCUUUCAGUGCAUGAGGAUUUCCGUUUGAAUAAGUCUACUAUUGGUAUCUCCGGGCAUGCGAUACGGCACCAUUGCGGCCAUGUUAGUUAGGGCCUUAGCUUGCUCGCGCAGAUAGCUUAGUUGCUGUGUUUAAAAAGAUCAAAAAAUAAUUAACAUUAA